CCUCCCUGGCCGCCGCUGCCUCCUCCUCCUCCUCCUCCUGCUAGCCUCAGACGCCCGGACUGCGGGAACCAUGGAAGUUUCUGUGGAGACCACCUUCCAACAGGAAAGGCUUCAGGCCAUUGCAGAGAAGAGAAAGAGGCAAACUGAAAUCGAGAAUAAACGGCGGCAGCUGGAAGAUGACCGGCGGCAGCUGCAGCAUUUAAAGUCCAAGGCGCUUCGGGAACGAUGGCUGCUGGAGGGGGCCCCCUCUACCGACUCCCAGGAGGAUGAGGUGAUGAAGAAGCAAAUGCAAGAGGAUGAGCAGAAGGUCAAACAGCUGGAGGAUUCUAUCCUGAGGUUGGAGACUGAGCUAGAGAUGCUGGAGACAGGCGACUCCGUCCCAGCUACCAGGGAGAACGUGGUGGUCCCAGCCCCGGCCCCAGCCCCCAGCCCCGUGAAGGAGGAGAGGAAGGAAGAGAAGAUUCUUAAUUCCCAAAAGACCCCAGUGGCCUCACCCAGAGAGAAGAAAAUCACCAGCAGCCCCAUGAAGGUGGUGGAAGGCACUGAGAUGAUGAAGGCAGCCAUGUAUUCUGUGGAGAUAACGGUGGAGAAGGAUAGGGUGACUGGAGAGACCAAGGUUCUGUCCAGCACCACUCUGCCCCCUCAGGAGCCCUUUCUGCAGGGGGUGAAGGUAUAUGAGGACGAGUUGAAAGUGGUCCAUGCGGUGGACGGCACCACGGAGAACGGCAUCCACCCGCUGAGCUCCUCCGAGGUGGACGAGCUGAUCCACAAGGCGGACGAGGUGACCCUGAGCGAGGGGACGGCGCCCGCGGCCCCAGAAGCCCGGGGGAGCCCGGAAGCGGCCAAGUCCACGCCCCGGCGGGAGAUCACGGGGGUCCAGGCACAGCCGGGGGAGGCCUCGGGGACCGAGGCGAGCCAGGAGCAGCCGGUCACCAUGAUCUUCAUGGGCUACCAGAACGUGGAGGAUGAGGCAGAGACCAAGAAAGUCCUGGGCCUACAGGAUACCAUCAAGGCCGAGCUGGUGGUGAUAGAGGACCCGGCCCCCCCCAACGGGAGCGCCCAGGAGCCGUCCGGCGCUGCCCCCGGCGCCGCCCCGGACGCCAAGGAGGAGAACCAGGUCGGGGAGAAGCCCGGCCUCCAUAGCUCGCCCGUCGACGUCACGGCCAGCGCCGACAAAGACCUGGAUAUGAAGAAGCAGCGUUGUCGGUGCUGCUCUGUCAUGUGAGGCCUCCAGGGCCGUCCCCUGGCCCUGACACCGCCUUCGAGCCACUCUGUGCCGUGCCCGUGCUGUGCCCUCCUGCCGAGGCCCGGCGUCCUCACACACCUCGGACGGACAACAGACCCCUCACGUGCGCGUGCACACACGCACACACACACGCAUGCACACUCACACACACGCACACUCACACACACGCACACAUACACUCACACACACAUGCACACACUCUCACACACACACAAAAAGCUCUUUAUGACGCAGCCAAAUCCAAGCCCACACCUGCCCCCAGCCCCUCAUUGGCACAGGUUCCAUGAUGUCGUCGUCACCCACCCCGAGGGGGAUGCCCUCCCCCGUGCGCUCCCCCAACCAGACCCAUCCCUGUCACACUGACAGACACUGACACACGCACCCCCCCAACCUAGCCGCAGCCCCCAGCCACAUUAACACACACACAGACGGACUCCCCCAACCCCUUAAACAAGGACUGAGGGCCGUGCGGUUUGCAAAAGGGGCCCGUGCCGGCUUCCUCUGUCGGCGGGGGGUGGGGAGUGGGGACCCACAGGAGGACUCCCGGCAGUCUCUCUCCCCGGAAGUGUGGUCCAGUGGAAUGAGGAUCUGGGUGCAAAUCCCAGUUGUGCUACUUAUUGGCUGUGACCACGGGCAAGUCGCUUCUCUUGGCCUCAGUUUCCUCCUCUGUAAAAUGGGGGUGUUGGAUAAGAUGGCCUUGAAGCUCCCUUCUGGCUCUAGA